UGUUUGGAGCUGCCUCGUCACCGAGCUGCGCAAGCUAUGCACUAAAGAAGACUGCAGAUGAAUGUUGCCAUCUGGAAGUUGUUGGCACAAUCAGAAAUCAUUUGUAUGUUGACGACUGCCUGAAGUUUCCACUGAAGACGAGGCAGUGCAACUUGCCAAAGAGAUCACAGCUCGUCAUAAAGGAGGAUUCCAUCUCUCCACGUGGAGCUGUGGACACAAGCAAGGAGACCAUAGAAAGAGGUGAAAGAGGACACACCCUGGUGUUGUGGUUGAUUAAUCGAGGCAGUGGAGGCAGCAUGUGGGUCCUCAUCUGGGCAGCUCUACUCUUCUCUCUAGCAGAGAGUGCAACAUUUCAAAGACAGGCCCUUACAGCAGCAGCUCCAUCAGCUGCAAACACAAACAGCAUCAUCUUCAACCCAGAAGAAAUAACAGCACAGACUGGCCUAUGUGCUGUUAUUUCAUGUACUUUCAAUCACUCUGAUAGCGUCGAGCAGAAUGCAGCAGUAUGGCUCAAAUACCCUGCAAAUGGCGAACGUAAAAAGGAUAAGCAUAUAAUUUUCCACUCCAGAAAUCGCUCUAAAGCUCAGGAGGGUUAUAACCACAGAAUGUAUCUACUGGAGACAAACCUGACAAAGGGGAACUGUAGCGUGAUCAUCAACGACAUCAGAGAGAAUGAUGCUGGACAGUAUCAAUUCAAAAUGAAAGGAAGACCACCUACAGACCCACAGAAACUCAAAGUAACAGCUCUGACUCAGAAGCCCUCAGUGUUGACUCCUCCUCUGACAGAGGGAGAACCAGCGACCCUGACCUGCACCGCCCCGGGGAUGUGCUCUGGAACUCCUCCUAACAUCACAUGGACAUGGAGAGGGACAGGAGACAACAUCACUGAGCUCAGAGACAACACCACUACACAAAGUAGAGAGGAUCUGACCAGCGUCACAACAACCCACUUCUCAACUUUGACCUUUACACCUUCAGCAGAGCAACACACCACCAAGGUCACGUGCCAAGUGACAUUCAAAGGGAAAAUCACCACUGAGGAGACAGUGACUUUGAAUGUGACUCAGGAAGUAUCUAAAGACAUCUUGGCUCUGCUGUUGAACCCACCACUGAUUACUGCAUUUGUGAUUGGUGCAGCCUGCUCAGCCACCAUUGGUUGUAUCUUCCUGUGUUCCACAGGGAAAUAUAAAAAAUGCAAAGAGAGGACCCCAAAGAACUUAGACUCCAAAAGCCCUUUCACGAACCUGGAAAUGGUGGCAUGUGAAGACCAACAGAGAGAUGCAGGACAGGCAGUGAUGGGCGAACAGACACAUCUGCAGGUGGACCUGAGGGAGGGAACUGAAAACGGAGGGCUCCAGACCAGUGGAGCUGCGGGACACUCUGCCCCAGGGGAAGAACCAAAAGAGGUGGACUACGCCAGUAUCAACUACUCCCUACUGAAGAAGAAGACACCUGAGGAGGCAGAGAAGAAGACCACCACCGCAGAGUCAGAGUACGUCGAAAUCAAACGAGAGAAGAAGAAUGAGGGGGGAAAAGAUGGUGGAGAGGGGAGUGGUGUGAUGGAAGAGGUGGAAGGGGAGAAAGGGGAGGAAAUGAUAGGGAAGGACGUGGAGAAAGAGAACGGUAAGCCAGUACGAGAGACAGAUGAAGAUACAGCGCUUUACUCCAACGUCAAGGCUAUUAUUGGUGGAGAGUGACACAGCAAUUUUGUCUAGAAACAUGGGAGAUAGCACACAGUACUAUGGCUUCUAUUAUACAGCACUGCUGUGUUUUCUCAUAUUCCAGACUGAAUGUUUUAUGAUGAUACAGAGACUUUGUUUAACUGAAUCUACUGUAGGUAAUAGUUUUGGUACUUCUUUAUUUUUCAGCCCUGUGUCAGCCGAAGCAAGUAUUUUUGGGAGGGUUAUACAUAUUUUUUAAGGAAGUUAAUGUAAUGUUAAUUUUGUAAUGAUUCUGUCUUGUGUCGCCAUGGGGAAGGACUGACAAAGACAUGGUUUGGAGAAGUAGAGGUUUUCUCCUCUGUCCUUUCAUGUUUUGGCAUUUUGAUUGAACCCUAAACCUAUUUAUUGAGGCACUACCUUACUUUUGAUGGUUGCGUGUAUUGAUAAAUGUAUGAGGGAAAGGAAGUAACCCGAACACUGCUCUUGAUAGUACCACUGAUCUUUAAUAAACUUUUGUGAGUUUUUUAAAAAUAGCACCCUUAUGUAGACCUAGCCCCACCCACAUCCGUUCCACGCAUCGAAUGGGGUUGGAGGCAAGGUGAAAAACAAAUCACUGCUACCAAAUAUACCAAUAUGCAUUUCAUAAAUAUUCGAAUAAAGUGUGUACAUAAAACGUAUUAAACACGUCUGUAAAACCACAAUGGGGACAUCAACCUUCCAAGCAAGUUUUCAUAAAUCCUUGGGUACAGUGUAAGAAAAACGUCAGAGUAAACUGAAAUAGGGGCAUAAUUCAUUUUCAAAUGUACAACAUCAAAUACAUAGGCAUUUCAAAUUUAAGAAUUUAAGGAAAUAGUGUAUGGAGGGUGAAAAUCCAAAAACAUUCUCUUUCGCUCAGUGUAUUAUUCAUCUCACCUCCCCUGUCUGAUAUCUUAACCUUCUCCAUGCCACAAAAUGUAAAGGCAGAAAUGUCAUGUUUAGGUCAUUAGAAUGUACUGCGACUGUAUUAUCCCUGUCGUUUCUCCUAAUUGAAUUUGUAUGUUCACUGAUUCUCUGUUUGAGAGAACGAUAGGGUUUUACCGAAAUAGCACAGCCCACAUGGACAUGUAAUAAUGUAGAUAACAUGAGUGGUGGCAACACAAUCUCACAUUCAAUUCGUGCAUUUGUGUACAUAAUCCAUUUCAGCAAAUUGUGUGCUUAUUUGUGUUGCUUAAUUCGUGAGAAAAUACACAAAUUUAUGUGCUACUUAUUUCGUUCGAAAAGACUAAUUUAACCACUGGGCUCCACACAAGCCUUUGCAACAACCAUUGACACGAUAGCCUAUAUUUAAUCGUUGUUCUUCUUUAUGGCUAAUUCGUCGUUAUGAAUAUACAAAAAUGUUGUCUUCAUUUAAUCCUGUUUUAAAAUGUAUAGUUGUAUGCCUAUAUGUACUAUUUUAGACUUGCUGAACAGAAUUUGUGAGAAUAUAUACACAUUACGUGCGACUUAAUUCGUGGGGGGGGGGUAUUAAUGCUAAUGCUGUUUUCUAUGCUUGAUUUCGUUUAAUACUUUGGAAUAUUGGUGCACUUGUAAUCAGAAAAGGCAUUUUUUCGCAUAGGCAACAGUACACGAUUUUCGGCAUUACGCAUUACAUAUUUCGUGGAGCCUAAAUUACACAAUUGUCUUCAUAAUGCAUUUAUUACAUGUUAAACAAGUUAAUGUAAAAUAAUGAAUUAUGUUGGCUUACACUUAUGGCACUUCCAAGGCCUUUCCAUGAUGAUUAUUGCGGUCAUGACAAUCAUGUUAUAUACUUAGGCUACUGUAACGCGUUCAAACAGUUAGCAAGUCAGAAUGUCAGUUUCCUAGUACAGACGAGCUCUUAAACGUUGUAUUAUGCUGGCUUCACAUUCUCGUGGGAAAUGGCAAAAUGGAAAGUUGUAACUCCGACAUGAUUAUGUUCAAGUGCUUUUGAAUUUGGAACAAUGUUUAAACCAAUAAGAUUGGCAACAUAAUUUUAUCAUUUCCCACUUGUUAUACCUAUUUGGGGGGUCAUUCAAGUGAAACAUCCCAGUAGGAACUAGGAAUUUCCGAGAACUCCGAUAGCAUUUGAACGAGGCAUUAAUAUGUGUAAUAGACAACAGUAGGGUCUGGGUCGCAGGGUGUCCAGCCCUCAUACCCUUUCACGACCACCGCGGAGCGAGUGUCAGUAGCCUACUGUGUGUCCGUAAAGUCAACUAGUAUAAUUGUUUGUGAAGUAAGUAUGGUGAUUAUUAUUAAGGUUCUGGUCGUCUGAGAUUCCAACAGGCUAUACAACAAACAGUAUAACUAUAGAAUUAAGAAAUUAAGUAAAUAAAGUAAUAAUGAAAUUAAUGCACAAAAUAAAAUAUAACAUUGACAAA